AAACAUAACCUCUAAAUGUCUGAGACAAUGUCUUCGUGUAAUGAAAGUGCAUUUAUAGGCUCGAAAGAUGAAUAUUUCAAUGAGACUUUUGAUGGAAGUAUAGAUUAUCGUAAAUUACAUCUACAAAAUGAAAAUUAUCGCCAAGAAUUGCACGAGUUGCAUCUAAAACUUGUCCAUAAUGAAGCUAUGCAAAGGGAACUUCAAGAAGUUAAUGAAUCAUUGGAACAAUUGUUAAUAAAGGAAAAAGAGAAAGCAGAAAAAAAACUUCACGAAAUUCAAGAAAAAAACCGGGAAACUACAGAAGCAUAUGAAAAUCAACUUAGUGAUCUAGGAGUAAUAUUAGAAAAUAAAGAAAAAAGAAAUAAGGAAUUAUAUGAUUCAUUACAUCAAUUGAAAGUUAAAGCAUCACAAAAUAAUUUAUAUAAAAUCGAUGAUAUUGAAGAAAAAUUAACACCAUUAAAGGAGCAGGUCCAAGAACUUUUAAUCAAUUUAGAAGAUGAAAAACAAAAGAAAGAAAAUGCUGAAGAAACUAUUAAAGAUCUUAAAAAUCAACUUUUUGAACUUCAAGAAAUUUUGGAAGUAACUAAAAAUAAUUUGAAAGAAAGAAAUGAAGUAUUAGAAAGUACUCGUGAAGAAUUAGUUAUUUGUCGAUCAGAGAUAGAAACAUUGAAAAUUGUUCCUGCUAAUGAAUCAUGCAAAGGUAAUUCUUUGUUUGCUGAAGUUGAGGAUCGACGUCAACUUGCAGUAAAUAAAGUAACCAUUUUAAAAAAGAAAUAUGAUGAAUUAAAACAAGCAUAUGAUAUAAAAGCUGAAGAAGUUAGAACUCUUAAAACAGAAAAAGCAUCAAUAUUAAGAAAAUGGAAUGAAUGUGUAAAUAUAUUUUCAGAAGAUAAUGAAUUAAUAAAUAAAUAUAAAAACAGAAUUCGUGAUUUGGAAAAAAAAUUAUUAGAAGUUCAACAAACUAAUACCGAGACAAAAACAAUCGAUAAUUCCUUUAGCUACUUGGAGUCAUUAUUAGCAGAGAAAAAAAAAGAAAUACAAGAAUUACAUCAGAGGAUUGAACGUGAUUCUGUUGAUAUGUUACUUCAAACCGAAAUAAAACAUAAAAUAACUAAACAACUUCAAUACUGGCAAUAUAAAACUAUGUAUAUGGAAGCACAAUUAUCAGCAAUUAAAAGUCAGUUAGAAUUGGAAAAUGCAAAUUCAUCAGACUAUAAAUUAUUUUUUGAAGCGAUAGAACAACAUAGGACCAUUUAUAAAGAAUUUCCUGAUAAAGAAGAAAUUAUAUUAGAAAGUGAUACAAAAAAUAUUGAAAAAGUUUCAUCAGAAUUAGCAACAUUGCAAAAUGCCUUACCGAUUAAUUAUCACAAGUUUAAGAACAUACCACAAACAACUGAUAAUAUAGAUACUAUAUAUAAGUCAGAUCUAUUAAUAAAUAAGUCAUAUAAAGCAGAUAUUGGAAAAAACUGUGUUGAUCAUGAUAAUAAUGGUCAAUUGAAAUUUAAAGAUAAAAAAUUGGAAGAAAAUGCGAACGUAAUACAACGCAAAAUAAUAGAGAACAAUACAGCACUGAGCCUUAAAACGACUCAUAUUGAAACAACAAAUUUAAGUUUAAUUGGGGAAACACAAAAACUGCAGAAAAUGGUACAAUUUGCUGAAGAUACAAAAAAUUCGUUAAGUGACAAUUCCAUGAUAAAAAAGAAACAAAAUGAUGAAAAAAAGAAAAUUACAAAACAAUACAAAACCAUAUAUAUUUCAUCUGAAUCAUCUAAAUAAAAGACUAAAAGUAUUAUGACGAUGAAUGAAAAAUUGUUAAUGUAUAUGUAAUUUUGCUCUAUAAUUGCA